CUUUACCUUUUGAGGACUUCUUUGUUCUGUGUCAGAGUGUUCUGUUUUACCUUGAUAUCUUCCUCUAAGGUCUUGAUAUUUGCCUUAGUUGUUUCGAUUUUAGACUUUCCCUCAGCGAUAUCAUCUUUGUAAACUGCUCAUAUGCACAAGAUUAUGUAGUUUAAACACAUAUUCAUCCUGAAGGAUUAAUGGUAUCAAGUGUAAUACCUUUAAUCUGUUGACUGAUUUCAUUUUUCUUUUGAGAAAGGUCUCUUGUUUGAAGGGCUAAAAAUGCAUUUUUAAAAAAACUGAAAAAUUGGAACCAAGUUAUGUUUAUUAAGGUCAUUAGGAAAUUAAUUUACUUACCACACUGAAAAAGUAGGUGGUUAAUAUUUGUAAGUAAGUCUUCGUCAGACAUGUUUCUCAAACAGAGCUAGCUCUGAAGCUGUUAGCGGUUACGUGCAGUCGGACCGUUACUGUAAACUACAAUGUGGAGCUGUUAAUUUACCCCGUGUUUUAUAUUAGUGCAAACAUUUAAAUAAAUGAACAUAUUAAAAUGUAAAACAAACAGACAGCGUAUGCAUAUAAAUACAAAGAAAUAUUAAAUGAAUAUUAAUAGAAACAUAUUAUGUGUCUUACCAUAGACUGUACACUGUGCUGCAGUUUGGUUUGGCGCUGUUGUGCGUAAAACAUAUGGAUUAUUGGGCGGCCAUUGGCCUAUUCAUAAAACAAUCUGCGCAGCUGCGCAUCUGUGCGUACGUAGCGACCACAACAGCACUGUGAUGGUGCCGUCAGAUCAGUGUGCGAGACACAUCAAAUCUUCUAUUGAAUUAGAAAUCCAUGCCGACGCUUUCUGACAUCUUAUUUUGCAAAAGCCAUUUCCCAUGCAUAUUUUAGAGCACAGGGCUGCAAGAGACAUGGCAACAUCACACGACUCACUUUAGAGCUGAGCCUUUUAUAACAAACCUGGGGUUGUAGAGAUUUCAUCUGAGCAGGUCUGAACAUGGCUCAAGUGGAAGCAUCCCGCACAGAGGGGGAGGGCAGCCCCCAGCUGAUCUCCCUGAGGUCGGACAUGUCAGGCAGCCAAACUGACAAUGCAGAAACUGGCCCUUCAGUGAGGAGGAAGAGGAGGAAAAAGAGAGAGCCAAGACCCGAGUCCAUCAUCGUGUACCGUUCAGAGAUCGAGAGGGCAUCAGAGGAGGACCAGACUGGCGAAGAGGCCCCUGAGAGAAGCUCUGAGGAGGGGGCCAAGUUCCUGUGUACCCCAACUAAUGAAGGGGACAGUUGGUCUCUUCCUCCCGACAGCCGCUACGUGACCCUGACCGGCACCAUCACUCGGGGCAAGAAGAAGGGUCAGGUGGUAGAUAUUCAUUUAACACUGACUGAAAAGGAGCUCCGUGACCUGGCCAAGUCUAAAGAGCCUGGAGCCGAGUGCGAGGCUGGAGAUGGUCUAAAACGCAACUGCAGUUUGGGACUGUGUUCUGGACCCCAUGUGGUUCUUUGGAGUAUUUCCUGCUUCCCUGUUAUUUUCGUGCUGUCCUUCAUAACCUCUUUCUACUAUGGCACUCUCACCUGGUACAAUGUCUUUCUGGUGUAUAAUGAAGAGCGGACGUUUUGGCAUAAGAUCACCAUAUGCCCCUUUCUCAUAAUUUUCUACCCUAUGCUGAUCAUGCCCCUGGCACUGUCCCUGGCGCUGUACUCGGCCGUGGUGCAGGUUUCGUGGGCGUUCAGCGAGUGGUGGCAGGAUGUACGGGACCUGGAGAAGGGUUUCUGUGGUUGGGCGUGUGGGAAGCUUGGACUAGAGGACUGCUCCCCGUACAGUAUUGUGGAGCUGCUGGAUUCAGACACUGUCUCAGGCACGCUGCAAAGCAAAGCCCCAAGCGAAUUUGCCCAGACCUCAUCAGUGUAAAAUAAGCUCAGGUUGGGUUCAGUGGAAAAGUAAAUAGUGUUACAAGACUAAUUUAUAUUAUUAAUCUUUUUGAUGAUUUCACCUGAAAGUCAAUUUUAAAACUAUGACAAGAUAACGUUACAGUUGAAAUCCUACAAAAAUUACUGAAUCUCAAUCAUGUCACUUACUUCAAACUUCCUACAAACUAGUUUUUAUCGAUUUAAUACACUGUCUGCUUUCUAUAAAUAUUGUAAACUAUGUAUCUAUACCUGAUUCUUAUGGAGUAGUUGAACUAACCUAUACUACCUUCCUGCAUUUCCCCCAUCAGGUAAUCUAAACUAACUUUUCACAUUUCUGUCAAAGUGAACUGAAAAAACAAAAGAAAACAAAAAACGAAAAAAACAUCAGCAACCUUGAAGCAUAACCUUGGUGCCUAAUUUUACAAGUGUUGUACAUCUGACAUCUUUCUCUCCAUUCAACUAAAGCAUGUUAAAAACUCACUUUCCCUGUAAAUAUUUGAACUAUACUUUGCAAUGUCACUGAAAACAAUUUUGUAUCAUUACAUUAAAAAGAAGACCAUUAUUUAAUAUGAUUGUUGUGCAAAUCUCAACGAUAAUAAUGAUUUUAGUCCAUACCUGUGUUUUUAAUUUAUUUUAUAUUGAA